GGGACCCACAGAACCUGUUUCCCUUUGUGGCGCAAGCACGAGAAGGUGAGUGGGCUCAGGCCUGGGCCUGGAAGUCGGGGUGUACCCAGAGUCUUCUGUGACGUGUUUCGUUUUUAUUUCCAGCAAAUGGCUCACUUGGUAACUGACUACAUGGAAUCCCACGGCACGAAGUUUUUGAAGAAGUGCAUAAUCAAAAAGUUGGAAAAACUUAAGGAUAAUCACCUGCAAGUUACCUGGGAAAACCAUGAGUUGGGCAAAGAAGAGACGGGCGUUUUCAACACAGUCCUGUGGGCCAUAGGUCGAGUUCCAGAAACCAGAUGUUUGAAUCUGGAGAAGGUCGGGGUGGAGCUGCACCCAGCCACCCAGAAGAUAGUGGUCGAUGCCAAGGAGAUGACCUCAGUGCCUCAUAUUUAUGCCAUCGGAGACAUAACCCAGGGGCGCCCCGAGCUGACACCCACGGCCAUAACUGCGGGGAAGCUGCUGGCCUGGCGCUUGUUCGGUCAGUCCUCGAACCUCAUGGAUUACGAUAACGUGCCCACCACGGUCUUCACUCCCCUGGAAUAUGGCUGCGUGGGGCUGUCGGAGGAAGAGGCCAAGCAGCGCCACGGACUGGAUCACAUCGAGGUGUUCCACGCCUAUUAUAAGCCUCUGGAAUUCACUGUGACGGAAAGAGACGCCUCUCAGUGUUACAUCAAAAUGGUGUGCUUGCGGGAGAAGGACCAGCGGAUUCUUGGCCUGCACUUCGUCGGGCCCAACGCGGGCGAAGUUAUUCAAGGAUUUGCUCUUGGAAUAAAGUGCGGGGCCACGUAUUCCGACUUAACGAAGACGCUGGGCGUCCACCCGACCUGUGCAGAGGAAGUCACCAAGCUGCGGAUCACGAAGCGCUCGGGCCUGUCGGCCGUCGUCACAGGCUGCUGAGGUUAAGCCCCCGUCCCUGGACGAGCCCCAGGAGCACCCAGCCUUGCUCAUGGAGAGAGCACCGCCCCUUCCUUCUUCUCUUAGGCCGCCUGUGAUUCGAUUCGAACCCGUCACAUACCCUGAACCCCACAGCCAAAUGCGCCUGCAGUCUGCUGCCCAGAGGCCAGUCAGCUGGGAUGGUUGGAACCCACUCGGGACUGGAAGAUGAAUUUCUUGUUCGGGAUCCUCACGGCGCGUUCCUGCGGCGGAACGACGAUCGAGGCUCAGUCACAGGCUGAAUCGGCGCUCACGGAGCCAAAGACGUUCUCUCCGAUAAGAGGAAGGCGAGGAAUCCGGUCGCUCACUCCCUGCCGAGCGCUGUGCGCUUCUCCAGGGAUGGCCCGCUGCCCCGCAGCCCUGCUUUGUGUCCGAAUGCCAGAUCAUGACGACUUGCGCAGAAACCCACCCGGUGGGCCGUGCAAGGCCGAGCUCUCCUGGCAUUUCUUGUGCGUUUGAGACAAUGGAAAGAACCUAAUAAAGAUGGCGUUGUGUGC